UUAAUGCCUGUCAGCGAACUGCAGGAACUUUGCGCAAAGAAUGGCCUCAAGAAUCCGAUAUACCGUUUGGUCCGUACGGAAGGCAACUCUCAUUCACCCUUUUUUACAAUUGAAUGCCUUCUCAACGAUGUAGUGAUUGGCGAGGGGUUCGGCAAAACCAAAAAGGGGGCCAAACAUAGCGCCGCCCAAAAGGGCUUGGAAUGCAUUAAAGAGCAGUCGUUGGUUAUGCGAAUGGAUGCCAAGGAUUUGAGCAAAGAUUUUAUUAAAUUACGAGUUAAUGAUUCGGACAAAUGCGAAUCAAGCGGUGAUUCCGGGGUUUCAAUACACGACAAAAAUGAAGUACAAAAGAGUAUCAAUAAUAACAAUACGGAUCCGUCGGAAGUGACGCUUAAUAAGUCAAUGACAGGUCAGGCGAAUGGCGUAAGCAUUUUGCAAGAGUUUUGCGCCAAAAACGGUUUUCAGCCGCCCGUCUAUUCCGAGGCACAGCGUAUAGGCGCCUGUCAUGAGCCCAUCUUUUGCAUCUCAUGUCAAAUAGUAUUGGGUUCGGAGCCAAUGACGGCCUCCGCUUCGGGCAAAACAAAACAAAUUGCCAAACGCUUGGCGGCCGAAGAAGUGCUCAAACUCUUGCAACAACGAGAAUAUCCGUUAUUUCCAGUGAAUAAUAUUCAGAAAAAAAAAUCGAGAUACAAUUCCCAGCAAUCGGUUGACUCAAACUACGAACAGCAGAAGGAAUACAAAGAAUACAUCGAUUUUGUAGAAUCUCUCGAAUUUUACGAUUUGGACAGUCUUUUGGACGCCACGGACACCGACUUCUGUCUCCGAUUCAAUAUAAUCGCCGAAAAGUUAAAUUGUUUUGCGAAUUACAUAACACUUACGGACGACAAAUCAAAGUCCAAUAACAAUAAGUUUAAAUGUUUGCUGCAAUUGAAGCGCAACACAGCGCUCACCAAACGAUUACCAAUGUUUGUCUCGUGGGGUAACAGUCCGGUCAGUGCCGAGCAGGCCAUGCAAAAGGCCGCACAAAAGGCCAUUAUUAUGGUUAGAGUGCUUAAGAUGUAGUUUUCCCGCAGCUAUUAUUCAAAUUCAUUAUAUAUAUAUACAUAUUUUGACACAUAUAUUAAAUUGUUUGUAUUUAUACUAAAACUUUAUCACACAUUUCAGUCG